UGCAGGAAUGUGGACAGAGGGGUAAGGGGAGCUUACUCAACCGGGUCGUCACGCAAAGAUUAAAUCUAACAAUACAACUUUUAAAUGUUGGAUGCUUAUCAAUUAAUGUUUUUAUAGAGACUAAAGAACACGGACGAGACAAAUAGAAUAAUUCUGUAUAGAGUUACACAUCUGGUUAAAGAAUCAAGUUAAGUCAUCGAGAUGCGUUGUUGUUCGGAACAUGUGCUUGGUUCUUACGAUCCGAUCAAACGGUUUUCCUCGGGAAAUCAGGGAGUAUUCAGCCAUAUACCCGAAUUUAUUCACGUUUUCUGAUUUUUGUUUCAAAAUUGUGCAUGGCACGUCCCAUUCUAAUCAAGACCAACAAAAACAGAGGCAACAGGAAACAGAAAGCUAGUAGAUUUGGACGCGUCGGUGAUGAGGCGAGCAUUGAAGAGGAUGAGGAUGAAAACAAUGUCUACGUGGUUAGCAAAUUAUCCUCCUUCCGCCAUGGAUCAGGGACGAUUCCAACUUUGUGUCCCUCAUCUGUUAAUUGCUGGGUACAUAAAUUCGGAUCGAAAAACAAUGAACUGAUGACACCAGAAGGCGAUUUGAUCCGAUCGUCUUAUUUCGGAUUUCUGGUUAACCAUAUGGCUUCGGCGGGAGGUGGGGAAAUUCUCAUGUCUGAUUAUUACGGCAUGAAAGUGAAAAUGCUGACAAAAUCAGGCGAAAUAAUUGACAUCGCAGAAACUGAACCCCUUCAUCCGUUUGGUCUCUGUGCUACCGUGGACGACAAUUUCAUUGUGUGCUUGGUUGACACUGACGACUGUGUUAUAUCAACAAACAGUGUCAGGGGCCUUGCGAGAAUUAACCGUGAUGGCCAAAAACUUCAGGAAAUCAAAAACUCGAGUGAAACUCGUCUGUUCACCAAACCAUACAGAGUCAGCGAGAACAGAAACUCCGAUAUUCUUGUUGUGGACUGGACUUCGGAAAGGACGAGCCGACUUGUCGUCUUGGACAAAACAGGGAAGUUGAAAUGUGUCUGUAGAGGAAGACCAAGGAAAUUCGGGGAGAUGCUGUUCAACCCGAGCGAUGUCUGCUCCAAUUCCGAAUCCUACGUCAUAGUGAGUGACCUUACUGGCCACGCCGUGCAACUGCUAAGUCCGGAAUAUCAAUUUAUCCAGAAUAUUCUGGCCCCAAAAGACGGCAUAGAAUACCCACUGACCUUGGCACUGAACCACGACGAUCUCUGGGUGGGGUCCGGAAACGGUAAAGUCACGGUUUUAAGACUGUCCAAAAAGACACGUCCAGACGCUAAUGGUCACGUAGUGGUGGAAUCCAGUAAAAGCAGACUUUGUGUUAUAUGCUGAUCAGAUUGUUGUAAAUGGCUUGGAUUAACGAUGAACAAAAUGAAUUAUAACAUAUUUAUAGAUAUACUCAAAACAUUCGAAUACCGUUAAGUACAUAUAUAUAUAUACUUAUCUGCAGAUAUCUUUAGGCGUUCGUUUUAGCGCUUUAAACUGCAUCCAACGGAUGUAUGAAUAUGUAUCUUAUAGAUGAAACAAACUGAUAUAUGCAUGAAUUUUAUUAUAUAAAUUAGCGCGCCAUGUAUAUAUAACAAUUAACCCCUUCACGGUAACUGCAGUACUGCUCUUUUGCAGGGCAAAAUGACAUGGUUUGGUGAAAUAUGACGUAACGUCAAUUGUUUCAUUUACGUCAUUUAAUUAUUUAUCUACUGAAAUUUCGGCAAAGUAUAUCAUUUUGCCCUGCAAGAGAGCAGUACCGCAGUUAUCGUGAAGGGGUCUAUAAAAUGUUUUUUUGUGCUUCACGCGGGAUAUGAAGGUGGCGGUAUUGGAGAAAAAAAAACCCGCUGGUUAUGUAUAAAAAAUUUCUGCAAAAAUCGCUACCUUCAUAACCCACAUGAAUCAUCAAAGAAAGCAUUCUAUCGUUUAUAUUUACGUUUUUCUCUAAAGCAAAUUAAUAAAUUGAUC